CAGGAAAAAUUUCAAUUUUUUUACUGCGGAGUUCCGCAAAUAGUUAUUUUUACUAUCUGUAGGUAAGUAGGGUAAAUCAUUAAACUGACUUGGCAUAGGUACAAACGAAGUAAAAGUUGCGGAAAUAUUAAUAACAGAACUCGUUUACGCACAAGUAAUUAGAGACGGGUGUCAAUGAUUUUUCUAUGACCCUACAUAUUUGCAAAGUGAUUUGAGUGGGAAACUCUGAGGAAAAGCGUCGAAAAGUUGGCUGGGCGAUUGUGGCAUCAGAGUUGUGCAGUACACGUUCAGUAAGCACGCAAGUCACUGUGAUGCUGACUUUUUUUUACCCAACGUCGGUAAAAUUUAAGAAAAUUUAUUUUGCAGAUUUGCAUAGUUUAAUAUGGCAGCAGGUUAAAUUUUCCUGCGAGCGCAAAUAGACUAUUCUGUUCAUUUAAACAUUAUUUUUCGUUGCUAUAAUACUCGUUUAAUAACUAUAAUAAGUGUUGUGUUGUUUUUAAUUAAUAUUUUAUCAAUAAAUGGCUAGUGUACCAAUUAAAAGCAAAAAAGGAACUGUAAUACAUAGAACCACAAGUGAAACUCUUAGGUUAGGUGAAUGUGACCUGAUCAAUCACAACCCAAUUCGCGUUUCCGUUCAAUCGGCUUCGACCAAUUUGAGGAAAAAAUCGCAAGCGACGUCUCCAGGCUGCUCCUUUCAAAUAACAGGUGUCAGUUUGACAAGAUACGACUUGGGUGAGGACUCUGCCGACGAUUUAGACGAAAGUCACACCGAUGACAUAUCCAGGGUAACAGACAAUGAAACCCCGAGCUUCUCGGAGGAUUCCAGGGAUUGCGACGAACCCUAUCAAAACUACAACAGCCCCCCUACAAUCCUCCUGAAACCUCCGGACAAAUCGGACAAGUGGCAAAACGUGGAAAACAGCGAUUUGGGUCUAGGGCGUUUUAAAGUCGUCAAAAUCGAAAGUGUUGCCCCAUUUAGCCGGGGCCGAUGGACUUGCUUCGAUUAUCUGGACAAACAGGAGAAUGUAAACGAGAAAAAAACUUCCAAUUACUGGGAAAAUAACUGCCAAGAAGCCUACAUGUUCCAAGGAAAUUAUUUAAUACCCGAUGUACUUAAUAAUCAAAGGAGAGUCAGGACCUCUUUUCCAGUCUCACCAAAUGCUAUAAGACCAAAUUUUAGUCAUUCUCCGAGUUUAGAUUCCACUACUACAGUGUGUUCAGUUGUUAAAAACGAGAAGAUAAAUGAGAUAAAUACCGACCAGACCUAUGCGAUGGCAGCCGAGACUCAGGAAUCAGCAACUCAAAUAAUCACAUCGACAAAUCGUGCCUCAGUGUCCUGCACGGCGACAAUUGACACAAAAAUUGAACAUGCAUUGGACGUGGUGAAGAAUCACUUAACACACGCUGUAAGACUGGAGGUUGAGGAACUAAAAGUCAAAAUAAACGAGCUGGUCGACAGGAUCAGCUACUUGGAAUAUGAAAACGAUUUGUUGCGGGCAAACGUUGCUCCAGACGUACUCGCAAACUUAGAAAACAACGGAGAAAACAAAUAAAUAUAAUGCAUCCAGGUGCAUUUAAAUUUUUUUAUUAUUAUUUGUGACCAAACCGAAGAAUGAGUGUAAGCUAGGUGCUAUCGGAAAUCUGAUGUGAUUGAUUUAUUUAGUCUUCGAAUUUAUUUAUUUAGUAUUACUAUAUAAAAAAGACUUUUGACACAGAGGGACCCAAAUCAUUAUACACACAAAUGCCAUAUAUACAAUACAUACAGCACAUACUUAUAUUUAUGCUUAAGGUUCCGUAUAGAAGAGAGCAGUACAGACAGUUAGUUUUCGGAUCAGUCGAUGCCAUUUAAUUAGCAGACACGAUUUCAUUCAUAAAUAGCGCAAGUGACUGCACUGUUCUUUCUCUACUGUGCUUAUAAGGCUUCACCAGCAUGACGCAAAUGCACGUUAUAAGUUGUUUCACAACAGGGUAAGGAUUAAAAAAAGGAUGAAAUAUCAUUACAUAUACGUAUACGUAUAAGAACUAUCAAGACUAUAGGGACACCAUAGUGUACAUAAAUAACUACAAUUUUGGCUGUGAUUGAACUUUUUUCGUACCUAUAUGACAUGACAUUGAAAUUUAAAAUUAUUUUUUAAUCCUGAAUAUAGAAUGCAGCAUUGCAGUUUCCUUGAUAAUAUAUUAUAACCUAUAAUAUUUGGGUACCUCUGUUUUUGCUUGAAGGUAUGAAAUUGUGGCUGUGCAAAUCACAAGAGUGUGUGGUUAUUAUUUAUUAUAAAUAUUAAUUAUUCUAGUCAUUUGGGCCCAGAAAAAAUUGACGCGUCCAUAGAUUAUUUUUUUCGUUUUUUUUCUGGGUUUCAGUUGGUCAACCUUUUAAAAGUAAUGUUGAUUAACUUCAUCAUACGCUUGAAAAACACAUAUUGUCCUUUUAUUUUGUAGGAAAGUAAGUUUUCAAUGUUGAUCUCAAUUAUUCAAUUUUAAUAUUUUUAUUAGAAUUAUAGAAAGUAUUAGUAGCAUAAAAUUCGAAAUAUUUUUACUGUUCAAGCGCUUUUUUUAUGUGCUGGCCACUUUUUAUGUAGAAAUCCAGUACAGCUUACUAUGAUUGUUCCUGUUUUCAUUUGAAAUAAAUAUAUCAAAUUAUUAUUGUUUUAUUUUUGGAUAUACAAAGUAUUGAAUAAAACAACGGCUUAAAUGAAAUACGUUUUUAUUUAUGAAGCCCAACAAAUAUUUUAAAUAAACAUUUAGUUACAGUAACACACAUGAUUACAAAAAGAAUUGUUCUGAUAUGAUCCACAACCAAAUAAAUAUACCUUAAGAAAUAUUGCUUUUUUUACUAGCGCGCGUAUCAAUUUACAAAUGUAUGUAUAAAAUUGCUUAUUUAGUUAGUUUUAGUCUAGGUACUAGACUCUAGGAUAAAUAUAAAUUAGUAUUAUUAUUAUUUUUAUUGUAAAAUUAACCCUUGCUUUCUACUAUUAUGGUAGACAGGGUUUUAUUUGGUGUUAUGGUAGUCUUGAAUUGUUCGGGGAUUGGAGUCUCGGUCUAAAAAAAUCAUUUUAGUACAAAAUCAUGAAAAUAAUUAUACACUACUCACGUAAUCACCGUUGCCCUUAGGUAUGAGUACAUUCAUUUCCGAAGAUUUUGAACUGACGAUUUCCACAUCUAACGAAUCGGGGCUUAGAUAAAUUUGGCAGCCAUCGGUUUUGUCAACAGAUACAGUUGGAACUUUACCAAACACCUACAUCAUCAAAAUAAUAUUAUUAAAAUGUUGUUUCUCGAAACCAAACAAAAAUACAAACCUGCAUCUGAACGGAUUGGCAAUUGAUAAAUUCCAUGGAAGAUACGAGACUAUCGAAAACAACGGAGGUUUUCUUGCAAGAAUCCAAGGUGAUCGAGUUGAUUUUUCCUUUUACGGUGACGGUAGAAUCACUGCAUCUGAAUAAGUAGACCACAUUGUUCAUUUCGGCCCCAUCGACCAGAAGGUUGUGGUUUUGCUUUUGGUACUCAAUCAACCACUUUUUGCCGUCCCUUAUGAAACUCGGCGGUUUUUCUACGGGAGCUGAUGGUUUAGUUUGAGACUGAGCCGGCGCUUUGAACGGAGCUGGGCCUUGUCUGAGCCCGGUGUUUUUGUGGGUUUGCAUAUCAGGUGUGACCCUCUUCAAACCUAAAACUCCUAAUUAGCCAAAAAUAUAAUUUCUCAAUAAUAGCUUACUUCUUGUAAUAUUCUCUCCUUGAUUGAUUUGGGCGAACAGAGCUGACCUAUCCAACCCAGCAUCUCCGGCACUACCAAGGUCAACGACUGGCGGCGGAGGAGGCGGGCAACCUCCAGGAGGUGGUGGUGGUAUUCCCGUUGGGGCAGUCUUACCGCCCCACACCAAGCCAGUGGUAUGGUGUUGCUUGACGAAAGCCUGCAAUUCAGUCAAAGUUUGCACCCAGGACUUGACCCAGUCAACAUGACGCUUAUCCUUUUCCUUCCAAUCUUUCAAGACGCGAUUGGUGUAAAAUUGGCCGGCAUCGUUCAUUUCUUUGACAUAUGGGGAAGGUGCUGGGCUUACAGCGACCCAUCCCAAGGCAGGAAUACUCUCGCUGAUGGCGGAUAGAUGGUUAAAAAACUGCGAGGUGCGAUUUUUCUCGCGGAAAGUUUGUAUGGCGCUGAUUUGGUCGCUCGUCGGUUUCAACAAACUCAUUAGAUCGUUUUGGUUGGCUGGUUUGGCCGAUUGGCUGGCCAAUUGUAAGUAAGCCAGUUGCGCAUUGAAAGCCUGCUGGACCAAUUGGCUUUGUUGACCAACGUCACCUCCGAUUUGCUUAGAAAUUUGUAUGUACUGAGCAAACGGCCCUUGCAUGAUAUCGGUGAAACCCAUUACGCUCAUUUUGAAGGUUUUGUUUGGUUGCUCACGUGAUUAUUCGUUCUUUGUUAGCAAACUGAAAAAGUAUAAUAAUAUGUAAGCUCACAACAGCGGGUAACCUAAAUUAACCUUUAAGUUCAGUAAAAAUGUCAAAGUUUUUUCUAAAUAAGUAAUAAAAAAAUAUUACCUCAUCAUGAAUCAUUUAUAUAUGAGCUUUAAUUACAUUAUUAAAGAAAACAACAAAUAAAAAAUUAUUAAUAUGACUAAGGCUAAAUAUUCUAUUGACAACUAUAUCGACAUUUUUAAUCCAAAAAUCAUUAUUUUAAUGUGUUAACGUAUAAAGCUGUUAAAUUGAUUAGUUAUUAUCUCAUUUAACCGGAUGGGUAUAACCAUUAUUUAAAUCAGAACAAAAGUUCCAAAUUUCCAAACCGUCUAUUUUUACAUCUAUUGCAAAUCUGUUUAUUACAGUUAUUUUCACGUAUAAAAAUUAGAAAAUACCCACAUUCCCAAAAUAGCUGGGCCACCAGAUCGAAUAAAAAUAACAUAUCUUUAAUACUUACAUCUAUAGAAAAAAUAUUGUAGUUUUACGUAACAAAUACCCAUAUUCUCACAAUAAUAAGGUAUUUUGGUAGCAGUUGCAAAUUCUAGAUUUAAGAAUAGGUUAAUAAUGUUAAUGUUAAUGCUUGUUUAAUUAAUGGUAUUUUAUUAUAUUUUGCGUCGGUUCGUAAUUUCUGAAUAAAUUUUAACUAAGGUACCUAUCUAAGCAUAAAAACUUAACGCUAAAACGGUAAAAUUAUUAGGUAUUUAUCUCAUAAAAAUACGGUAUCUUGUAAACAGAUGACAUAUUUCUCCCUAAUUGCAUUACCUUUAGACAAAUAUUACUUUCUAUGGUAAACAAAAGACGAAAAUAAGCCGGUUGGUUUAAAUUAACAUUAAACUAAAAUAAAUAGCCUUAAUAUAGUGUAAUAACAUCAAAAACUACAACAAAACAUUGAAAAAACACCCUUCAAUUUAAAAUUGAACGCCGGUUAGUCGAAUAAUACGCCCAAAUUAACGAAAAAGUUACUUACAUGUACAUUAUUUAACUAGGCACUAGGUUUUCCUUUAAAAUACCCAAAAUAAAACUUAGUAGCAGCUGAUGAUGUCACUGUACUCGGCAAUAGGGCGGUUGCCGUCUAAAACACAAUCAGACUACUUGAUCCCUCGAUGAAUUCUCGUUCCUAUUGGACAAAUCGGCGAUAAAAUCAUCACACGUUACGUCUUCUAUUUCACUUGCACUUGCAAAACACCCAUUCGCUAUCCGUAUGUGACGUACAGCCACACCAAAAUAUUUAUGUAUGAAUCAUAGCAAAUCCAAAAUGGCUACGCUGCUUAGUAGUGAACUGAAAUUUUGCAUGGAUUGAUUCGUGAGAGCCGCUAUAGGUGGCGCUUUAGUUAAAAAAACGUUUGAAAU